AUGAAGUCCAACCAGAGCAUUGACUACCUGGACAAUGUCGCCUUCAAUGUGUCGGUCAGUGACAUGAACAUGACGGGCAUCAACCAGAUCACCAUCCCUCAGGAACUGUUUCUGGUGCUGGGCUUGAUAAGCCUGGUGGAGAACAUUCUGGUUAUUGCAGCCAUCAUUAAAAACAGAAACCUGCAUUCUCCGAUGUACUAUUUCAUCUGUUGCCUUGCCGUGUCUGACAUGCUGGUCAGUGUGAGCAACGUGGUGGAGACAAUGUUCAUGCUGCUCACGGACCACAGCCUUCUGAGUGUGACUGCAAGGAUGCUGCGCCACCUGGACAACGUCAUAGACAUCAUGAUCUGCAGCUCUGUGUUGUCCUCGUUGUCCUUCCUGUGCACCAUCGCGGCUGAUCGCUACAUCACCAUCUUCUAUGCCCUCCGCUACCACAGCAUAAUGACCACACAGCGUGCUGUCACCAUCAUUGUGAUCGUCUGGCUCACCAGCAUCACCUCCAGCUCACUGUUUAUUAUCUACCACACAGACACCGCAGUCAUCGCCUGCCUCGUUACCUUCUUCAGCAUCACGCUGAUUUUCACAGCAGUGCUCUAUCUGCACAUGUUCAUCCUAGCACACGUACACUCCAAGCGCAUCAUGGCGCUGGAUAAAAACCAUCGCCAGGCCACCAGCAUGAAAGGCGCCAUCACUCUGACCAUCCUGUUGGGUGUUUUCAUUAUUUGCUGGGGUCCGUUCUUUCUGCACCUGAUCCUGAUCCUGACGUGUCCAACAAACCCUUAUUGCAAGUGCUACUUCAGCCAUUUUAACCUCUUCUUAAUCCUUAUUAUAUGUAACUCUCUCAUAGACCCUUUGAUUUACGCCUAUCGGAGUCAAGAACUGCGAAAGACGCUUAAGGAAAUUGUUUUCUGCUCUUGGUGCUUCGUUAUGUAA